AUGCACAGUCGCUCAGACGUGACGGAAUGGCUGAGGAUUCGUCGGCAUAUCGAGCUAUUUACCAUGCUGCUGCCUGUUCACAUGAGCGGUGACGAGACCGACGGCGUGAAGAGGAUUCCAUCGACGUGGCGCAUUGUCAUUGCGCGAUGGCAGAGCGAAGCGUUGCGCCAGUUCUUCUGGGCGUUGGAUGCCAUCUAUCGCAAGCACUGGGCCAAGCCAAUCGGAGACUGUGCCACACCCGGGAACCCUCCCAGGUUGCGCGUAUUGACGCCGAAGAGCCGUAAAGAGGAUGGUGUCGCUCCUUGUGGGCUGUGGCGAAACUGCUACGACCCCGAGUGGCUAGCUGGCCUUUUCCCUCAUGUUCGGGAUUCGCUCAACAUCAUCGACGAGGACUACAACUUUUCUCUGAACGCUUAA